CGUCGCGCAUCAACACAUGUCUUUAUUUACUACCAUACCAAUAUCUCACGCAAUCUAUGAUACAUGCAGUCGCAUAUACGUGUCAAUUUUCGUAUAACAAAUUCGUCGCGAUCAAGCGUCUAAGUCUAAUUCUAAGACUUAACUCGACGUUAUUUGUUCGUGCAAACUACGUGUUUGUGGAUUACUAUUUCGUGGAUAAACUUGAUAGUAAACAUUCGAAAAAAUUUAAACAGUGAGAAUUACAAAAAGAAUUCAAAGAACAUUACUAUAAAAUUAAUUGAGAAUAUCUCUGAAAAGAUUGGGAUUUGAAUCUAAAAGAAAUGAAUUCUAAAUCUCAAAAUUCGCAAAAUUUGAAUCUACAUGAACGAACGCACAAUGACCCAAAAGGAUAUGUAUGCUAUCAUUGCGAUGAGCAAUUUACCUUCACGAAAGAUUUCACAAAACAUAAUAAAGAAGUACAUGAAGAAGUUAAACCCUAUAAAUGCGGAAAAUGUGAUAAAACGUUUCGAUAUGAAGCGGAAUUGCUUCGUCAUGAGCCGAUUCAUGCAGGGGAAAAACCUUAUAAAUGCAAGUCGUGCGAAGCAUCAUUUAAAACUCAGGACUGUUUGAGUUAUCAUAUAAACACGAUUCAUAUCGAAACACAUAAAUGUGACCAAUGUUUAUGUACAUUUGCUUCUCGUAGCCACUUAGAACGGCACUUAGAAAUACAUGAUAUAGACGAAGAAUAUGUUUGCGAGGUUUGCGGCGAAGGCUUUCUUAUAAAGAUAGACAAAGACAUGCACAGUUUGAUACACAGCGAUAAAAAGCUAUUUAAAUGUUUAGCAUGUGGCGACUACUUCAAAUAUAGACGCUCACUUCGUAUACAUGAGCAAAAUAAGGUUUGCAGCAAAGUCCUUCGUUCCAACCACGACAAAUUCCUUCGUUCUACUCACAAUGAAGUUCGCAGAUUAGUAUACAGCAAUAAAAAGCGGUUUGAAUGUUUGGUGUGUGGCGAGGACUUCAGAUCUAGAAGACUACUUCGUACUCAUUUUCAUGAGCAACAUAAGGAUUACAUAAGUGACACCUGCACGUCAAGUGAAAAACAAACUGCAACUCAAACAAACUGCAACAAAACAGAUGUAGAGUUAGCGAUACAAGCGAAUAUAAUUCAUAAAAAUAGCUAAUGACAAAGUAGGAAAGACAAUAAUGAUGGAUAAGCGCUAAGCAUUGCGUGGAGAGGAACGCCGAAUGCAAGCGGAAUCAGCGGAUACUGAACAGACAGAAGAGAUGAACUCGAGCAGUAGAGAGGGCCACAAAUAAAGAGUAACGACGACCCGAAGGCUUGAAGCGAGUCGUGGGCUGAGACGAUCUUUCCCGUUGGCAGAGGAACCGAAUAUCUGAGCAGAAUGAUAUCGGCAUGAGCAGAAUGCAUCUGCAAACAUAAAGGAAUGCUAUAAAGGAAUGGCUAUAAGGAAGGCGAUGACGUGACUUGGUGUUUUGAUGCAACUGCAGAAGCAGUUUCCUUCCGGAUCGGCUCUUUUCUUUACGUACGCUCAGGAACGCAUAAAAGAUAUGUAAAACGCAUUAAUAAUUGUAUUGCGGUACCGUCGAAUUGCGAAUCAUCUCGAAUGUUUUCAUAUACUAAAGUUCACAUGUAUUUUCGACGCGAGCGAACUGUUCGCGACGCACUUUGAACACGCUAUGUAACGAAUGCGAACGCAUUGAAAGAGAAUCACUGUCGAGUUCUGACUAAUAUCUUUUAAUAAAAGAGUGACGAUUUUCCGAAAUAAAAUAAUUGUAAUAGAUUUCACAAUCUAUUUCCU